GGGGCGGGCCCAAAAUGGGUCCAUAUCGCAAUAUUGAUCAAGAGAUGAACACAAUCCUGAUGUAAAAAUAGGCCCAGGGGUCUUUCCCCACCGCAAGGGACUUUAAAACAGUUUCUUUAAAUACAAUUAUUUUGAAUUUUGACUUCAUUUUUGAGUUAGAUCUUUGAAGCAGCUGAGAUCCCCACAACAUAAUCAUACAUCAACAAAUAAAGCUAUCAGCAAAUGGAACAUAAACAUUAUUUUGAUGUUUGCUCAAAUAAACCAGGUGAGCGUUACAGGCCAUCUGUGCCUCUUGUUGAACUAUGAAGCGUAGCCUAGUUUAGAAACAGCCUACGAUUGAUAAGUCACGAGUAUGAUUGUGACUGUAUCAGAGCCUGAGUCGAGAGUAUUGCGGACUUGGAUCGGAAUGAAGCAGAUAUGAGCAAGGCCAUGGGGGAAAUACUGAUAACGACGAAAACUAUAGCUAUCACAUGUGCGUUUUUUUCUUUAGGGGCCACCUCCGAUAGCGGUAAUCGUCAAAACAAAUAGACUAGUUAUCGUUAUCAUACAAAUUACGUAAACAACAUGUUUGGAACUAUUCUGGUGACGCUGACAUGCUGUGCCAUUCCUGUUGUGUUGUACAUAUUCAACUUAUACCGGCGACAUCUGCGACUACCUAAUUGGAACCAACGUUAUGUAUUUGUCACGGGAUGCGAUUCGGGUUUUGGACGCGCUCUUGCCACACAGCUUGACAAGGCAGGGGUGCAUGUGUUUGCGGGAUGUCUCAACAAGGAAUCCAAGCCCGGAUUAAAACAGGAAUGUUCAAAAAGAUUACAACCAAUUUCUUUAGAUGUGACAAAUGAAAAGUCGAUUGCAGAAGCAGUAGAGUACAUGACCAAUACCAUUCCUGAAGGUCAAGGCCUCGGAGGAUUGGUAAACAAUGCAGGCGUAUUUCAUAUAUUUGCCCCACUGGAGUGGCUCACCAAGGACGAUUACGAUAAGACGUUUGCCGUCAACCUGCACGGCCUCAUCAGCGUCACCACGGCUUGUCUUCCCCUUCUGCGCGAGGGAGCUGGAAGGGUGGUCAAUAUGUCGAGUGUUAACGCUAUUUCAGUCAGGCCAGCAGCCUGUGCCUACAGCAUAACCAAGUGGGGCAUAGAAGCAUUCACGGACACGUUCAGACGAGAGUUCUACAACACUGAUAUGUCGGCACACAUUAUUCAGCCCGGGCCUUUCAAGACCGCGAUCGUUUCACCAGAAGGGAUGGCGAAGCAGAUUCAAGACCGUUAUGUCAGUCUUCCAGACAAGAUCAGCAAACAUUACGGAAGCAAAUUUUUCAAUCAAUGGAAAGGAAGGAUGCUACACCUUCAGGACAAUCAAGACACAGAUUUAUCAAAAGUCACCAAUGCAAUGACGCACGCGCUGUUUGCCAUGUAUCCGCAUGCGCGGUACCGUGUGGGUUGCUCCUUUCUAUUGUGGCCCAUGUCAAUGGCCCCUGUGUGGUUCUCGGAUUGGAUGUAUAGCUUACCUCGCACAGAUUUGAAGUAGAGUAUAAACUGCUACUUGACACCUUGAGCAGUACCAUAUCCUAAAAAUGUGUGUUCUGUGCGGUAUGGGUGAAGUGUGAAUGGUAAUAAUGUAUAAUUAAUAACUUGAUGAAUUAUAAUAAACUGUUGAUACAUUGUUGUCAGUGAAACGAUGAUGAUGACGAUGAGAUUGAUUGCUUGAUAAUGAUGACUGAAGAUGGGGUUUGAUGAUGUUAAUUGAUAAUGAUGACGACGAUGAUGAUAAUUGAUAAUGAUGAUUAUUGACGAUGGCGAUGAUUUUCGACGGUUGUCAGGAUAAUGAUUGAUGACGUUUGAUGAAGAUGAAAGAUCAUGAUGAAUUCUUCAGUAUUUUGAUUGUGAAAAACAUUUUAGAAAAAAUGGGAAAAAAAUUACAUUUUUUGUUUCUAAAUGUCCGGGGCCUAUUAAUCUUGAUCGUAAUUUUUACCAGCAAAAGAAAUACAUUGUGAUCAGAGCAAUUUCCCUAGAAUAAGAUUUUAAAACAUCACCAAUU